UCUGUCACCUGUAGAAACCACACCCUGAGAUGUCUUGUGUUAUUAAUUAAUUUGAUUAAUUAAUUAAUUAAUUAAUUAAUCUAAUUAAAUUAAUUUAAUAACUGGCGCCCAAUUAAAAAUAUUUCAACAUCUCAAUUAGCACCAGGUAUUAAACCACUGAGCCGCUACAUAAUUGGCUCGCCAACGUGGGGCAGGAUUAUUAUUGGCUCUCCGCCGCGAGACCAGAAUAUACACAUUUCAUAACCAGUUCCAGAAAAUAGCGCUGUAAGUUGCAGAAUAAAGUGUAUUUUGUUUUUAUUGCUAAAUGCGUUAGCUGCUGGCUAGCUGGCCUAGCUGGAGUUACCUGCAUAAACCCAGCGUGUUAGAAACACACGCACAUGUUCUACACGUGUUUUUGUUUACAAUUCAGGACUGGCCAGUCCCCUGUGUGUGUGCGCGUCGCGCGCACGGUCCCCUGUGUGUCGGUAUAACGUGUACAGUUGUGUGUGUGGUAUGCGAGCGCUCUUGAAAACAUUACUCUUAUUUGUAAAAUAAGCUUGGUUGACACACCGCCGUGUGUGGGUAACCUUAAACCCGGGUGUAUAUACGUGUAUAUACGUGUGUACUUACAUAAAGUUCGAACUGUUUCCGGUAAAAUAGACAUAUUUUGCCAGUGUUGAUCUGAUAAGGCCUUCGCGCAGGUCUGAGUCGCGGAUCUCCGGCUCAUCGACUCCGCGCUCCAGUUAAAACUGCCGGUUUUUGCGCGAAAUCCGUAAAAUCCUGCAGUACUGGACACUUCCACGUGCGUAAAAGAGUAGCUAACUUUUACGUAACACCACCCUGAGUGGCAGGAAGUCUAUUGUGUGCGUGAUUAAACUAACCACGCCAGGAUGUAAAUCCUCUUUGCUCAUCUUGUGAAGUGUGUUGCUGCUGUGUUAAACUUUAGGACAGCCGUGCCCUUCUCCUCUGCUAUUCACAGUCGACUGAGUCAGUCAAAUCUGCUGACCAGGUCCCAGACCCAAGGGGCGGUCCUUAACGUGGCAUCAUCAGUGGGCGUGACCACUCCCACCAGUCGGCCUCUGCCACCAUCUGGUGGACAGCCUGACUAUUUACACUCAAACUCAAAGGGUGUUUUACUACCCCUCACCACUAGGGGGGGUACACUGCCACAUCGCCAUCUGGUGUUUGAUUUGGUUAACUGCAUACAGUGCAGAAAGGUGCAUUUCAUUUGUUUGACCACCAGAGGGAGCCACUUAGCCAUAUAGCUGUGUCGCCACCUGGUGUUGUACUUGUGUAAUUGCUAUCAUCCUGUAGAGUGCAUUUAGAGUUUCUGUCGCCAGAGGGUGCCAAUUUCAAACAAACUUUUCGUUAAGUUAAUAAAGGGAAUUUGCAUUGUGGUUUGGUUAAAUGGUUUCUAAAUAAGUAAACAAAUAACUGCAUUCAUUUAAUCGGUUAAUAUUAAAUAGUUAAAUUUAAGUUUCAGGUCUGCUCUCUCAAACAUUACUCUUUAUGUUACAUUGAACCAAGCUAAAUAGCUAUCUCCAUUGAGUAACUAAUCACAACAUAAAAUAAUUAACUGGUCAUUUUAAUCAAUUUGAUUAAGUAAAGUUAAUUAAAUUUUUGUUAAUUAAUUAUUUUCAAUUUAAUUCAACCAUCUUCAAAUAAAUUAAGCUUAAUUAUUGAUCGAUUAAGAUCAAUUAUUAAUAACUGAUUGAAAUUAAUUAAUUAAUUAACCAUUAAAAAAAAAAAAAAAAAAAAAAAAAAAAAAAAAAAAAAAAAACCUAUCCAGUUAUCAGUUACUCAACCAUAUACCCAGCACACCUGUGCUUAAUACAUAGUUAAAUUCUCCCAUCCUGUACAUAGUUAAUAACUAUACCCAUAUUUAGAUUUAGACAUUGUGUAUAGUGCCCUACAGUUAUUAAACUGUUCACUAGCAUCACUGACAACAAAUCUAACUAUUCUUUUAAAAUUAAUCUACUAAUUGUAACCUUAGGUCGCCCACUUUUAACAGAUUUUCUUCUUAGAAAAGGCACAAUGCUAAUUGACUCGAACAUAAAAUAAACUUGUUUGUCAUCAAAAUUGUUUGAUUCCACGUGCUUUACGUAAAUCAAAAUGUGUGCCACCGAAAAAGCUCUUUUAGAGCUUACAGCUGGUCUACCCCCAGGACUUACCAUCCCAGUCCAACAAAUGGACAGUGGGGGUCUCCAUGCACUAAUUGCCAAAAGCCUCAAUGAGUGUGUAUCUAAAAUCCUUGAGGGCAAGCAACAAGUGGAUCCGAUUUCCCUAAUACUGGGGAAACAACUGCUGUUGUCACAGGAUCAACUUGCUGUUUCCUCCAAAACCAUUCAAAAUCUCCAAGCAGAGAUUGUGACUUUAAAUGAUAGAGUUGCAGACCUAGAGAACAAAACUGUACAGUCUGAAAUUAACCAAAGAGACCUCAAAACCGAAGUGCAGCUGCUUCAAAAGGAAGCCAACAUAGCUACCCAACUUGCAGCUCAGUCACAGGAAAAACUAAAACAUGCUAUUGCAAGACAGGUUGAGCUACAAACUGAAUUAGCACAUGCUAACAAUGCAGUCAAAUUAACUCGAGACCAAACAGAGUUAACAUUUGAGCUGAUGAUGGAGGGAGACUCCCCCAUCAAUCCAGCUGGUAAAUCAGGAACCCCUGGGGUUCCGGAUCCUAAGCAACAACCAUCCACAAAUACAUUCCCUCUAGUCUCCCUUAAAGGUGCUGAAGCGCCAGUAGAACCAAGGUUCACUCAGCGUUCUCAGCCACAUGGGACCUCUGUGCAACCUCAAGCACCCUCUGAUAGAGAUCUGGACAAAAUUGCGCGUAACAUUCCACGCUUUGAACCAGAACCGGACGGUUCUAAUGAUGUCCACCAGUAUCUUCGCGACAUUGACUUCUUCUUACGCCGUUUCCCCAAGGCCACGGUAAAUGAUAAAAUCUACCUCAUUAAGGUGUCCUCUAGUCGGGAAGUUGGACGUUUCAUUGAGCGCCAACCACCCCAGGUUAAGAGAGAUUAUCCUGCUCUUUGCAAGGCUUUGGAGGAUGAGUUCUCCAACCACCUUGCUCAAACCGGCCUUGCUGCAGCUCUUGCAAUAAAGCAGAGUCGCCAGGAAACACCCCUACAGUACUAUCACCGCCUCAGGCACGCUUAUUUCGGCUAUAGAAAUGAGCCUGGAAUGGAGGAAGAGGAAGUUUUCAAAACAUUGUUCGUGAGAAACCUCCAUCCCUCCACCAGUCACUUUUUUGGAGUCGCAGCCUGCCCCCGUACGCUAACAAGCCGGCAGCUGCGUGAUUUGGCUCUCAGAGGAUUUGCUAAGUUCCAACAAAACAUUAAAAAAAAAUCAGAGUCAAAUGACGUCCUGAUAAUUAAUGAGCAGUCCUCCCACGUCAAGCAAAAAGGGGCACACAAGGCUCCAAUGCCACCUAAGACCCAGUUAAACCACAAAAACCAGAGAGUGUUCCACUCUUGGCGUCGCUCGUCCCUACAUUGGGCCAAGCAAAGUGACCAAAAGCCCUCCUAUCGAAGGAAAGGUAGGAUAAAACGCAGUUGGAAUGGCAAACACUCACAGCACCAUGCUCGAGCACAGAGCUCCAGCAAACUUCAAUCUCCGCUCAGGAGAAAGAGCCCAAAGCACCACAAACGUUGGUGUCCACCUAAAGGGCACAAGCAUGAGACAUAUCCAACUAACCUGAGCACUAAAGACGGCAGUCUGCUCAGACAAUUUCGUGACGAAAUACGCAAGCAGGACAAUGCUGAAUCUGAAUUCUUGCCAAUUGUCCAUGCUCCAGAUCAACCUGCUUGGGGGGGUGCGAAAUCCAUCCACCCCAAUGCAGCCUUGGUUGUACAGCCAGACGCUGAAAACAACCACACUGAGGAAGCUUCUUCCCUCAGCCUGGAGGAUCCACCACCUAAACAAUUCUUGGGUUUCUUAACCGAGAAAGGUUCAACACCAAAAUUCUAUCUAGCCACCAGGCUGGAAGAUGUGUUCGGGUAUGAAGCUCUUUUGGACACAGGGUCAGACAUUUCUUUGAUGUCAAAUUCACUUUUUGACCAGGUGAGGGCGACAGCCCGCCGAAACAACAAAGAGAUACCUCUGAAAAAGUGUGCUCUUCACCUUCAACCAUAUUCGCACACUGGUAUCACUCUGCAUUCAGCAGCCCUGGUGCACGUUGCCAUCGGUCCAAUGAGCCUCACCCAUCCAAUUCACAUUUCUCCAUUGGAGAACGUCCCAUUGCUCUUUGGCAAAGACCUCCUUGACCGGUUCAAACCAUUGAUUGACUUUCAGCAUCGUAGAAUCUGGGCACAGGUUUGCGAACCCCUGCCCUGUCCUAAGGCACAGGAUAGAGUUCAAUGCUAUCAUGUUGCUAGCAACAUUGAGCCACACAAGCUCAUUGAACCUUCGGAUUCCACGGGAAUCAAUGAGAAGCUCACUGUCAGGGUUCUGAAACCACCAUCCUCAGAAUCCCCUACCAUGAUUCUAAAACAAAACACCUGUUCAUGGGCAUUGACUCCCUCUACGGCUGUAGAUGAGUACAACCCAAAAGCUGGAAAGUCAUUCACUCUUAACACAACGGUCAACGGUGAAAUCUUUGUUCCAUGGGCUGACAAGUCAGCUGUUCACAGACCACCUGCAGGUUCCUUGCCACGGACUAACUGUGAUCCUCUGUUCGUGCACCAAAAGGAUUGUUCUCUUCUUGUUCCUGCACCAGUGGUUCCAGACAAACACAGUCCCUUGGAUUCUUAUGAACGUAAAAACAUUCCCACCAUCUACACAGAUGGAUGUGCUUUUCGGAAUGCUCAAAUCAAAUGGAAAGUUAACAUGACAAUUGGUGCAUGUGACAACACUUCUUUCAGAACACUGGCAUUUCACCUUGAUCCACUUGCCACUUACUGUGCGUCUUUCAGGAUGCUCAAGGGCCUGUUUGUUUAUGCCCCAGAUACACACGCUUCAUCUUCAUUCGUGGUGCCUCAGCGCCAUGGGGGGGAGAGCCUGGCCCAGGCCCUCGAUCACCCAUGGGUGGACCACAAAAUGAUGGGGGAAACACACCAAGCAUUCCCACAAUUGACAUAUCUGCCACUUGUUGGAAAAAGGCUAGUGUGUUUUCAGCCCCAAUCUUCAGAAGAUCUGUGUGGUAUAUGGCCAAUUCCACAAAUGGAUUGGGUCGAAAGGAACAAACAUCUCAUCACUGUGGCAGGUGCAUUUGCCAGAUGGAGGGGACGUCCCCCAGACCCUAUUGAAAUGGCUCAGGCCACAACUCUUUCGCUGAUCCACACUUUCUCAGGUGUUGGUAUAUCUCAUCGUUCUAGCGGUGAACUGCGGAAACACCCAAAACUGGGAAAAAGCACGCUUGGAUACCAACCAUUGUGCUACACUGCUGACAAGCUACUGGUGAGGUCCCAGCACAGCACUGGCAAAACAAUUCGCGAGCUCAGGUCUCAUUGGUUUGGUCCUCAUGCAGAGGCAGACAAUCUGCCUCGCAUCUGGAACCAGAUCCCGCAUCGUCAGUGUUUUAUUAAACCGAUUCUCAAACAAGUUCACUGUAACCCAAUUAAACUAUGCAAAAGCCCCAUGGGACAAGUCGGGACCAAUAAUGCCCUAGGUUAAAUCAUAAUACUGGGCUAAAUACCUAGACACACUGAGUGUUCAUUGUCCACCAUAUUCUGACCUGACGCAAUUGUUAAAUUGAGAACGUACCACACAUUCAUUGUCUGGAACUCACCUAUCCGAGUAGCAUAACCCACAACAAAUUGGAUAUUUUGUUAAACCUAGUGUUUGAAUCACCAUUUCAAACCAUUAGCAUAGCAGUAGAAUAAAUACGUGGAGAAGGGGGGGUGCCAAUUUUUUUUUUUCUUCUUCUUUUCUCUCUUCAGGUGACCAAAACAUAUUUUGUUUCCCUUCUGACUACGUUUGCUCCGCUAUAUUGUUCUCAAUUGUUGACUAAGUAGUGGCUAAUUAUUGAAGCAUACCUUAUGGGUAGGUUGUCUUGAUAAAUUAUAAAGGAACAAAUAGCUAGCAAACUAUUUGUGACCCUUUCAUAUGCUUGUUGCCACACUAUCACAUUAAAUUAACUAUUUUAUUCAGAACCAAAAGCCAAUAGCUACAACAAAAAACUGAUCAUCAGAGAAAUUGUAUAUCCCUUAGACCAAAAACUCUGUCAGCGACCUUGUAGUAGAUUGUCUUAAGAAAGCAUGACCAACAAGACACCAAUUGCAUGAAAGAUGUACCCUAACAUGCUCUGUCUACAGAAAUCCACGUUGACAUCGACCGAUGACCCAACGUCCAGUGGCCCAUCGAUCGAUGGGGGGGGAAUGUAGUGGAUUAACCAGAGGAUUUCUUCAUUGCUUGGACACAAACACACACUACCCCCACUUUACGGCCUAUAAGGAAACUUCGAACCCAGAACACUCUAAAAAAAACCUUGGAGUAAUCUUUUUUUCAAACAACCUUAAAUUUCAAAAUGACAUUUACUGACUAUUUCUUCACUCAGCCUCGCUCGAGAACCCUAAAUGCAAGUCAGGGUAAACAUUUUUAAAUUCUUUUUUGACAUUCCUUCAGACGCUGUCAGUCGUAAAUCUGGAUUUAGGACCGUUAAUGUUUAAACAUCUGGAACUGUGCACAAUUGUGGUUUUGCCAACAGCACAAUCACCAGGACAAGGACGGGACUACGGGACUUGAGAGAGGGUUCAAAACUUAAUGAAUGCCUUGGAAAUUGUAAAUUCACCAAAUAUAUUAUACCAAUUUAGGGGUUUGUGCUUUCUGCAACCACUUAGAAAUAAGAUUCAUGAAGUUAAAAUGAAUGCUCUUAGCUUGGAAAUUACAUUCCCAACACCAACUUCACCAACUUCCCCCACGGUCGUAAAUUCCGACGACAGCCGCUUAUCUAAACACAGCAGAGGGAGAGGAAUUUCUCACUGAGAAGAUUUUGCUUAAAAUACAUAUAUAUUGACUAUAUAAAAAAGGUGUUUUAUAGAAUGUUUACUAGAUAAUGGUAUAUGUGUCUGGUAUAUGGUAUAUGUGUUUGGAUGUGUCCUGAUUAAAUUCUCCUACACAUUCAAGUCUGAAUCAACAAGGUUUAACUAGCAUUUGAUAAUUUAGCUUUAUUUGGUUAUCAGUGGUUUAACCAUGUAUUAUCUUUUAAGUGAUUUAAUUGGGUUUAAAUAAUAACAUGACUCUUGAUCUCUUUCUGACAGAGUACCAUCCAUCAUUGUAUUCCUAAGAUUAUCUUGAGUAUUACAAAACUGUUUGUGGGCAAAAUAUAUAUAUAUUACAUUUAUUGUGAUUCAAUUGUAAGAUUGUUGUUUCCUGAAUUUAUCCUCACAAACUGAUAUGCUGAAAAAUGUAUUUUGAUCCACUGUUUAAUUGAGUUUUCUUUUGGUUUGAUCUAUUAGAAAAAUUCUGAAGCAUGCUGACCAUGUGAGCGAGGGGGGGUUUUAUGGCCCUUUGUGAAUCCCCACCAAAGUUUGAAAUUGCUCCUAGACCAAUCAAAACACAGACACUUGGGCCACAGAGCCAAUCGGAGCUCAAGGGCCAAACAGGCCACAGAGUCUAAUAGUUAAACUGGGCAGACACAGUUCAGUUUCGAGUUAGAGUUUCCAGUUUUCUGGAGUCCAGUAGAGUUUAGUUGAGUGCAGUUCGGAGCAGUUGGAGGAGAAGCUCAGUUCAGUUUGGAGUUGAGGAGAGUGGAAGAAGAUGGGUUGAAGGAAGCAGUUAGAAGAGAGAAGUUAGAGGAGAGAGGUUAGAGAGGGCCUAGAGAUGAAGAAAGGAUAAACUGUUAGUUAGUCAUCUUAGGUUAGUUUUCUUAGACUAGUGCAUUUAAUCUUCUUCAAGCAUAAUGGUAUUAGUUAUCCUAGUUUAAAUAACUAAGCUAUUUUAUGAUCUACGGAGUUCUCCUGCUUGCCAAGAUAGUUAAUAUAGUUCAGUAAACCAACUAGACCAACCGACGGAUCACCGAGAGGGUACGCCAGCCGAGCCAGCUCCAGGGAAGGCUUUCCCUGUGCAGAGACUAGAAGUGGGUGUCGACCAGGUGCGCCGCUUUCCCACAGAGCACCAUCUUUACCCUGCGGAUGGGUCCACACUGGACCUUCUAGGGGUGCAGGAUGUCAGCCGAACAAGAGGUUUAAACAGCGGACCGAACCGAUGGGGACCCCCCUUUGUAGACGUCUCAGAGUAAGGCAGUUUGGGUAUUUCUCUCAGUAAUUGGUGUUUUGGUUGGUCAAGUCUAGUUUGGUUAUUGUCCUUAACUCUUUUCUUAGUAUAGAUUCAUUUUUAGUUAUUUGGCGAAAGGGAUGAUCUUUGUAGGCCGUAAAAUAUCUUACUUAUCUACUUAUUUUAGUGUUCUCAUUUGAUUAGUUCGACCUCAUUACAUUAAGACCCUUAUUUAGAAAUAUUCACUUAAUAGUUCUAUUAAUCUUUAUUCCUUUCAUACCAGUAUUAUAACGUGUUUGUUCUUUUAUUUUUCAUUUAUUAUUCUACACUAUGAUUUGAUAUCUAAUGGCUACAUUAUGACUUUUUAAUUAAUUAUUUACUCAUAUCUGUGUGAUUUAAUAAAUACUUUUAUUUUACAAAACCUGUCAUUUCAGUGUGUUUUUCUGGAUAACUUGGUUAUGAAAAUUUCUGUCACCUGUAGAAACCACACCCUGAGAUGUCUUGUGUUAUUAAUUAAUUUGAUUAAUUAAUUAAUUAAUUAAUUAAUCUAAUUAAAUUAAUUUAAUAACUGGCGCCCAAUUAAAAAUAUUUCAACAUCUCAAUUAGCACCAGGUAUUAAACCACUGAGCCCGCUACAAUG